AAAGAUUAGUUAAAUACAUGCCCACAUCAUGAUUUUGAAAAAUGGCGUACUAUAAGUUUCUUUUAUGAGGGCCUAACUCCUGAAACAAAACAAUUUGUAGAAAUGAUGUGCAAUGGUGAAUUUUUAGAUAAAGAUCCAAAUGAAGCUUUGGAAUUUCUAGAUCAUCUAGUUGAAAAUUCUCAAUCUUGGCAAAAAGUAAAACCAAUCGAAAACUCAAUUAGAUCUAGUCUUGCUAGUUCUAGUGGAGGAAAAUAUCAAUUGAGUCAAGAUGAUGAUCUAAAUGCUAGGAUUGCUAGUUUGUCUAGAAAGGUUGAAGCUAUGGAAUUAAGGAAAGUAAAGGAAGUUAAACCCGUGCAAAAUGAUGAAAUUUGUAGCAUUGGUGAAACUUUUGGUCAUCUUACGCAUGAUUGUCCUAACAUUCCAGUUUUCAAAGAAGUUUUACAUGAUCAAGCCAAUGCUAUGAACACUUUCAAAAAGCCUUUUUCUUCUUCAUACUCAGAAACAUAUAAUCAACAAUGAAGAAAUCAUCCCAACUUUAGUUGGAGAGAUGAUAAUCAUGUUCAUUUAUCACAACCUCAAGGGCUUUCAAAAUUUCCUUCUUUUCCACCACCACAAUCAAAGACUCUUGAGGAAACAUUGCAGUCUUUUAUGCAAGGACAAACAAAUAUUAA